AUGGCACCUCAACUAGAACCCAUUCUACCACCGAUGGGCUGCAUCUUUUCUCGCCACGACGUGAAUACAGACCAUGAGCCAGACCAAAGAUCCGGACAAGGAUUUCAGAAUGCUCCACCACCUCACUUCCAAGAAGCCAUGCAGCAGCCGCAAUACCGGGAAAUCACAUUUCGAGACUUGCAAGAGGGUCAAAUCCAAGUACUAAGACCCAAGCGUCAAGCAUCUAUGUCACCAAUUUUAUCAACAAGAGAGUUGGGUCGAGAAGUAGAAGUAACAAGACAACAAAGAAGAACAAGAGCAUUAGAUCAACGACCUAGAUCACCGCAUCAACCACAAUACUGCACUAACUGCGCACACUGCAUUAACACACGGCGCUUCAACAUAACUCCACCCCGCUGUCCCUACACCGGCGACGACAUUAGAUCCGAGCGCCAGAUUGAGAGGGAGUAUCGUCGCAGACAUUCUGGGAAGGCUAUUGAGGCAGCUGAUGUCAUUUAUCGGAGAGCGGAGGUUAGGAGAGCGCUUCGGGACGAGAUUAGGAGCGACGUGCAUGGUGAAAGCAAGGAAGAGAUGCCGGAUGUGAUUGAGGGCGGAUUUAGUAGGAGGGGAGGUACGGGUGGGGUGAGAGAGAUGACGAGGGAGGAGAGGAAGAGGGUGAAAAAGUGGAUUGAGGGAUGUAGGUGGGCGGGUUGCGCGGGGUUUGGGGACGGGGAGUGGGAGACGACUGAGAGUGAGGGCAGCACUCAAUGUGAUGCUUCUAUUCCUGUUGUGUAUGUCGAAAUCGAGAGGGAGCGGAGACGGUAG